AUGGAACUCUCGCCUCAGCCUGGUCUCCCCAAUGUUGGUCCAUCUCUAAGAGGCCCUGCCUCUUCUGCACAUUUAUUGAAUGAAGAAGAACGUGGGGAUGAAUCAUUUGCAGGGGGUAUGGAGUUUGCCCCUGAAGACACGCUUCAUGAUACUGCCUCCACUGCCCCUCGUGUUGAAGAAGAUAUACUUCCUGUCCAAGAGCCUACUGUGACUACCCAGCAAGAUUCAGUAACGGACAAGUCUCCCUCUGUUUCUGUGUUACUACCCCCUGUAGGAGGUACACAGCCAAGCCCUAUGACUGGAGUCAUAUCAAAACCUACUAUCACCGAGGAUCCACUAGCAUUUCCUUCCGUAGAUGAAGAUGAGCCUAUAGACCAUAGCGAUGGUGCGGAUGCCACAGAUGAUGAUGGAGACCAGAGUGGGAACAAUGACAACCUGGGUGAUGACAGCGAUGAUCCCGAUGACUGGGAUAUUCCACCACCAUCUUCUUCCGACAAAGCGUCAGCCUACAUUCCUCUACCUCUCACUGAUCCUAUGAUACAUGAGACGAGUACUGUCACCCCUCUUUCGACGCAACAGCUUAUUCCACCACCAGCUCAGGUGUCAGAGCCACCUCGCUUGGAGGUCUCAACGACGACCCUCCCACCGACAACCUUAUUGACAAUUUCUCUAGCCUCUACAGAAGUGAUAGACAUGCCAAGGUCAUCUAACAUGGGGGAACUGAUGGCUCUGCAAUCAAGUCCAUCUCAACUGGAUAUCGGCGUUCCUUCUCAAGCCACUACGCCGAAGUCACCUGCUGGUCUUUUACUUGGCUCUGUGUCUUCAGAAGUUUCUGUGCCGUCUCCCAUAGCUGUUUUGAGUGCCAGAUUUUCUCAAGAUUUCUCUUGA